AUUUUUAAAAUAAAAGUGAUUGUUAUAAAAUAAACAUAAAAUUUACCUGUCAAUUCUCAGCUUACCUCUCUAUUCUCAGUUUACCAGUCAAUUCCUAGUUUAGCUGCACCGAUCUACCCAAUGGAAUAUAAAUCGGUUUUCUUACCUGGAUCUUUUAAUUUUUCAAAUCAAACACUUGAUUGGGGACAAAAUGACUUAUUGGCAUACACUUCCCUCAAUUUAAUUAUAAUUUUUGACGUUAACUUACAAAAUGUUGUACAAGUGUUAAAAUGCAAUGAAUUAGUUGCAAUGGUUAAAUGGGGACCUAUAAAAAGAGAUAUGGAUUCAUCUACAAAACAUAAACAAAUUUCAAGCAAUGCAAUGAUUUGUUUAUCAGUAGAUAUUGAUAACAAUAUAAUAUUAUGGGAUGCCUUAUUUGGGAUAAAAAUAAUUGAAAUUAACAAUCAAACUCUCACAAAAAUUAAAAAUUAUAAAAUUUUGGAUAUACAAUGGAUAUUAAGGUCUUUCAAAGUCAAUUCCGAAAAUUUGAUGGCGUUGUAUUCUCAAAAUAAUACUAAGUCAAAAUCUCAUUUGGUAAUUUAUCAUGCUUUUAAUGGAACCGAGUUAUGGAAAAUCGAUUUUGCUGAGAAUGUUCAACAUUUUGCAUUUGAUCCUUUUGAUAACUCAAGAUUCAUCAUUAGCGGACAAGGCUACAUAACUUUGUACUUAGAUUUCGAUCCAAAAAAUUCGUAUUCGUCUUCUAUCAAUUCUGACGACCCAUUAUUCAACGCUAAGGAUCCUCAACUCAGAAGGAGAAAGCCCAUAAAAUUUUUAAUUUCAUCAUAUUCCACCAAUAAAUCAGAAGUCAACAAAACAAUUAUCAAUAGCAAAAGCGAAAUUUUGGACACAUUAAAAAGAUCAUCUAAUGAAAGAGUGGAAUUAGAAAAUCCAUUUUCUCAUGACAACAAUAUAAUUCCAUGUAAAUCAUUUCCUAUCGAAAGAGACAUUGCCACGAUGAAAGAGAUGGACUUUAAUCAAAAACCUAAAGACGACGAUUUAACUAAAACUGCUAUGCCAACCAAAAAAGAAGAUCACCCAGAACAAAACAACAUUUUGGAUGAUAAAAAUCGCUAUAUUUUACCCCGUCCGAAUUCUAUUUAUAGUUUGCAACACGGAACAGAUCGAAGUUCUAUUUUGACCGAUUUAAAUGAUAGAUUUAAUCAUUUGACCAAUCUAAAUUUCCGUUUUUUGGCAUCAAAUGCACCUUCUACGUGUUCGGAUUCUUUGAAUACCAAUAAACAAAAAUUUAUUCUGAAUCAACCUGUAAGUUCUUCGUACAAUACCCCUAAAAAUGACUGCAUAGGAAUAUUGUGGAGUCAGGUAUUAAAGGACAUCAUAUACUUAGCCUACCCUACAGAAAUUGUCAUGUUAAUGUUAACGACCACUCAUCCUACAUGCCCUAACUAUAAUUUAGUCAAUUUGGGUGCCCUGGCCACCAGAAAGAAGAAAAAUUAUAUGAAAAGCGUUAUUCUAGCUACCAGAGACAAUCCCAUUGUCAAAGUUCUAACAAUAUCGGGCACCGCGGCCUUCACUCAUUCAUUCAAUGAAACUUUGUUUGUGAUUUACGAAGAUGGAUCGAUUCGAGUAUGUUAUCAACACGAACUCGCUUCUUUCUUCUAUGCAAAUCAGAUCUAUUGUUCCACAUCUGAUAUGGAAGAUAUUUACAAUUUUAUGACCAAAAAAUUUGAAAAAGAAGAUAAAGAUCCCAUUUCAAUUGUGUCAUCUUUUACGGAUGCUUGUAAUAAUGCUGAAUACCUUCAUUUAACAAGUAAGUCCACUUUGUCAAGUGGACUUAAGCAUAUAAAAGUUCAUGGGGCUGCUAUAUCCCCAUUUUCUUGCAAUAAAAUUGUAAUCUUAAUAUCGACUAUAAAUAAAUCCAAAUCCAAUAAUGAGAGUUCUGAGUUUUUGGCUAAAAGCAAGCUAAACACCCAUUUGAUAGUAUGGGAAAUGAAUAUCAAAGAAAAAUACAAGGAUUUUUUCAAGCCCAACUAUAGGAAGAACAAUGUAAAACUCAUUCCUCAGCCUAAUAUUUUUUACCCUGCCGCUUCUGAAAUAUCAAGCGACACCCCAAAUAGAUCCACAACUAAAGAAACAUCUUUACAUUCUUUUUCAUACUUCAUAAAUAAAUUGGUGUCAAAAAGUAAUGGUUUUAUGCCCAGCGAAAACGACCAUUAUAUUGAGUUUUUGAUGACAGGUCUGUAUCAACAUUUAUCACCAAGGCCUAAGGUUAUUAGUAUUCUUUCCUCUCUAAUUGGUUUUGAUCAAUUUGCCAAUCGCUCGAAGAAUAUUAUUUUGGCUGUUGGUUCGGAGUUCGGAACUAUACAAAUUAUUAAUUUAUCUAAAAACACACUUAUAGCUGAAUUUAGUCACAUUCACGAAAAUCCUAUUAAAUUCAUUCAUUGGACAUCUAAUAAUACUCUGUUAUCAUUUUCACAUGAUAUACCUCAUUCGUUUAAAAUAGAUGGAAAUACUACAUUUUUUAAAAACGAUAUCAUAUAUCUAAACGUACUAACGGGUUAUAGUUACGGCAUAAGAUCUGGACAGAAAGACACUUCGACCGUUAAAUUAAUUAAGGCCUCAGCUUCCGGAGAUUAUUUGAUCUUAACAUUCUUGGACCAUAUUGCACAGCCUCCAGAACUAUGGAAUUUAAAAACGUUUACUCUGGUUAGGCGAUUUCCCAAAAACUUUCCCAAAAUAAUUAAUUUGUCAUGGUCUAACACUACCGCAAGCGAUUCGGAAGAAUCUUUCGCCUUUUCUGAUCGGUCUAACCGCGUUUUUCGUUUCUCACUUUCCCAAAACGUAGUUCGAUCGGGUCUUCAACUUUAUCCUUCUUCUUUCACUUCAACUAAUAGUGGCGGAAACAAACGCAUGCACACAACUUGGCAAUCCUUAGCCUUUCAAGACGGACCGGCUCCAUGUAUGGUUUUAGCGUCUCGAGAUGGAACAAUAAUGGGUGUCAAUGUCAAAAUACCUAAAAAAGAUGUAAGAAUAUACGAGGCACAAGCCGGCACCGGGGUGAUAUGGGUUGAUUUUGCACCAGCUAAUCUAAGCAAAAAAACGGAGAAAGAUAAUAAAGUUGGCUUAAACGACGACUAUAAAGGAGCUCUUCGAAGAGUCUUAGCUCGUACCAUGAUGGGGUUGCAAGUUUGGGACCUCCUUGAGAAUGUCUUAUUAUUCGAACAUUUAAACACGUCACCAUUCGAUACAAUUAUCGAUGUUCAAUGGGUUAGUUACGAUCACAUUGUAUAUUUAACUCACUCCGGGGAGCUUCGAUUAACCAAUUACACUUUGAGAAAUAUCAAAUCAUUUGUUAAAUCUAAUUAUACUCGUAAAAAUUUCGGUAAUAUUAAAAAAUUAUCAGAAGAUUUCCUUUCAAUAAAUUGCAUUGAAAAACAUUCAGCGAUUAAAACAACAAUGUUUCACCCAGUAUUAGAUAUAUUUAGUACAAUGUAUUCCAUUAUCCCCAAAUCUUCAAAAAUAUCUGUAAUGAACCAUGGACAAGGUUUGAAAAUAGAUGAUCUUACAAAUCCCAAUGCAUGCGUAUUUAAUCCCAGAAUAUCUUUAUUUUUGAAAUGGAUCAUAUGCAAUUUUUGUGACCUAAAUCAAUUGACAGACUCAAAAUCUAGCUUGUACACGUUCCUCCAAAGCCAUAUACCUUCCAAUAAUAAUGAUGAGGAUAUAAUUAUUUUAGAUAUUUUGAUUGAUUACAUUUUUAAAAUGCAAUUUUCGGAACGCAUUUUAUCUGAACAUAAUCUGACCUUAGAUAAUUCAACUAUGCAGCGUUGCAUUGUCGCCAGUUUAAACUUGUCCACCGAUCAUAUCGAAACAAAUUACUGGUUAUACGCCCUAGAAUGCAUAAUAAAUCAUGUAAAAAGGAACAAUCAGGACGCCCAAAAAGAUUUAUAUAGCGAUGUAUUACAAAUAUUGCCAUCUCCUUUCAGCUCAAUACCUGCAAACCAUUUAUCAAACAAUCAUCUUUAUAAGGCAUCGGAAACAUUAUAUCUUUUAUUGAGAUAUUUUUCUUCUCAAUUUUCGAAGUCCCCUCUGGAUGUAUCUAAACCAAGCCACAAGAAAUAUAAUAAUAAAUAUUAUGAUUUAUCACCAUUAGAUGAAAUUAAAUGGAUUGGACUCAAAGAUAUCGUGCUCAAAUACCUGCUGGAAUCAGAUAAACUUGGUUACGAAGCUGCUUUUUUUGCUUCUGUAUCCAAAUCCGAUAAUGAUUCUCAUGCUUCUAUAAAAUUAAUCGCAACCAAUUUAAUUGCUUCAGGAAAUUUAGAAGAUGGCCUAUCCAUGUUGGGGUGUAUCGGAAAAUACAUCGAUGCAUGUUUAUAUCUUCAAACCUAUGGGUAUUGGGAAAAGUCUAUUUGGUUGGCUAAGCUUACGUUGACAGAAAAGGAUUAUAUUUAUAUCGUGGAUAAGUGGGCCAAUCAUUUGGAACGUACCUCCAACAGUUCAUUGAUGAUGGCUUCUAUGGUUUAUUUACACAUUGGGUCAUUUUACAAAGCAUGUCAGGCUCUCAUUAAAGCACAAAGAGGGGAUAUGGCAUAUCUAUUGUAUAAAGGGUUGAAAGAAUUCGGUAUAAACAUAUUCGAAAGUCAAGAUGAUGAACACCUACAAUUCGAAGAAUUAUGUAUAAGUUAUGUCAAUUUGUUGUUACAAUCUGGAAACAAAAAAGCUGCUACUACUUACUUUAAUUACGCCACUUCUAAAACACCUAAAGAUAAUAAUCCUAUAAAAUCUUGAUAAAAAAGUUUUUUUUCCUGUUUCACAAAAAAUCUUAAAUUAUUAAAAAAUUAUUUAAAUAAUUAUUUCAUGCAUAGACGUAGCCAGGACUUUAUUAAAGCGAGGGUGGGGGGGGGGGGUUAGGUGUGUUAAGUUUUAUUGGAGGUCUUUAUGUUCACUUAUUAUAGUCGUUUGGCUAUUUUCGGUUUUUAUAAAAUUAUUUUAGGGUUUCAUUUUUUUUUAAAAAAAAUUUUAUUUCUAAAAAUUUUGAAUUAUAGUUGUUAUUUUAAAAGUUAUUAACUUUUACUGAUUUUUAUUUCAAUAUUGUAUACAUUUUGGAAUAGGUGGGGGGGGGGGAUUUUUAUUAGCGUAAAAUAAUAUUUACGAGAACAGGCAAGUUGAAGGGGGGGGGGAUUUCUUCUUAUCCCUCACUCUUGGCUACGCCUAUGACAUGCUCUAUUAAUAUUACAUAUUAAACUUUUAAUUAGAACAAAUAGGAAUACGACUUUAAUAUAAAAAAAUUUUUUUAUAUUUUACCGGUUAUAUUAAUUAUAACUUAUGAAUAUUGAAAAUAGCGCUUAAAGAACUUAAUCAACAUUAUGUAAAACGUCAAAUAAUGUUUGUAUUUUAUCCUAGGUCUUGACUUAUAUCAGUCCACAUUACUAUCAUGUAAUUUACUCCUAUAUAUUUAGUCAAUACAUGGAAUAUAGAAAAACAUUUCUUGUUAAAUAAUUAUAAACAACCCGUCCAAUUUAUUUUUUAUA